UUGGUCCCCGUGAACAGCCGGAUUCCUGAAGCCCCGUACAAAAUGCCGUGUGAAAUGGCAGGCGACACUUUAGACUUUCUCUCGCUCGGAGCCAGCUUAGAACGGCAGGAACUAGAGUCCCCAGGUGGGGUUGCCACGCCGACGGUGUACUGUCAGCUGCUUGCCGUGUACCUGCUGCAGAAGGACCUAAAUAAUGCUAAAUACCUCUGGAAAAGGAUUCCGCAGGCAAUCAAAAAUGCUAACCCUGAACUGGUAGCGAUUUGGGCGGUCGGUAAAAAGAUGUGGCAGCGAGACUUUCCCGCCAUCUACACGUCCCUGUCAGCCUUCCAGUGGUCAGCCGAGGUCAAGCAGAUCAUGGCAGCUGUGGCAGAAAGCGUUCGCAGUCGAGCGUGUGACCUGGUGGCACAAGCCUACUCCUCCAUCAGUGCAGAGGACCUGGCAGCCUUUCUCGGCAUGUCUGUGGACGAGGCUGUCAAAGCUGUAGUGGAGAGAGGCUGGCAGGCAGACCCCCAGACCAGGAUGGUCACACCCAAGAAACCAGCCCCAGCUGCCGUGCCCCCCAGGGAAAGUUCUCAGCACCUCCAACAGUUCACAGAUCUCGUCGCCUUCCUCGAAAACUGACAACAGCUCUAAAUGUUAGGAUGACAGAAAUUAUAGUUGUUAAAAGUUUGUUUGUUUAUGUGUUUGUCUAUCUUGUAAAGAAUAAGUGAUAAACAAAGCAUACAUGUAAUACACUAGUCAAUACA